AAGGGUCAUGCAGCUGCAUGCUCAGCCGUGCUUCUGAGAGUCAAGUGGGAGAGUGCUGUAUAUCCCUACUCACUGCCCAAAAAUAAAAAGCUAAAACAUCGUACGCAUCGCCUUACCACGUGGUUUUACCUUUUCAGCACUAUAAAUGUUGACACUUGCCAAGUGCACUCUUCACAUCUUUUUAAUUACUAUUAAGACCGCAAGAUUUGCUCUAAAAAUUGUCUGCGUGUGAGAGAGGGAUCCAGCUAGGGGAGAGUAACAAAGGAGAUCGAAAGAGAUGGAACGUGGAGGCUUCCAUGGCUACCGCAAGCUCCCCGCUAAUACCUCCGCAGGAUUGAAGGGGCCAGAGAUAAACAUAAGAAUGGCCGAAGCCAACCAUACAAACAACCACUCAAACUCGGAUGACAACGAGUGCACUGUGAGAGAACAAGACCGCUUCAUGCCAAUUGCUAAUGUUAUCAGGAUCAUGCGCAAGAUCCUCCCUCCACACGCCAAAAUCUCUGAUGAUGCCAAGGAAACGAUCCAGGAAUGUGUGUCCGAGUACAUCAGCUUCAUUACUGGCGAAGCCAAUGAGCGCUGCCAACGUGAGCAACGCAAGACUAUCACUGCCGAGGAUGUGCUGUGGGCAAUGAGCAAGCUAGGGUUUGAUGACUACAUUGAACCCUUGACAGUUUACCUCCAUCGCUACCGUGAAGUGGAGGGUGAACGUGGUUCAAUAAGAGGUGAGCCACUGGUGAAGAGAGCAGUUGAUUAUGGAGCUUUAGGUGUUGCUGCUUUUGCACCGGCCUUUAAUAUGGGGCAUCCGCAUGGGUUCUUUGCGGGUGGAGCCAUGGGAGGAUAUCUCAAGGAUGCAUCCAACGCAGGCUCGUCACAGGCUGCUGUGGCAAAUGGGGAAUCAUACGGGCAGCAUAAAUGA